AUGGUGGGUACAAAUCCGAACAAUCUCACUGAACUACUGGAUGCUGUUCUUAAGAUAAACGAGCAAGCACUGGAUGACAAUGAUAGUACCAAAAAAAAUGAACUUCAAUGCCAUCCAAUGCGACAAGCUCUGUUUGAUGUUCUAUGUGAGACAAAGGAGAAAACAGUGUUAUCAGUUCGUAAUCCAGUUGACGAGGCUCCAGAAGAUCCACAACUAAUGCGUCUGGAUAAUAUGUUAGUGGCUGAAGGCGUCGCAGGUCCAGAUAAAGGAGGGUCGUUGGGAAGUGAUGCGAGUGGUGGAGAUCAAGCAGAUUAUAGACAGAAGCUUCAUCAGAUUCGGGUCGUCUAUAAUGAAGAGUUGAGGAAAUAUGAAGAGGCUUGCAACGAGUUCACUCAACACGUUCGAUCUCUUCUGAAGGAUCAAUCACAACUUCGUCCGAUUGCACAAAAAGAAAUCGAGAGAAUGGUUUAUAUCAUUCAACGAAAGUUCAGUGGAAUUCAAGUUCAGCUGAAACAAUCCACAUGUGAAGCUGUUAUGAUUCUCCGCAGCCGUUUCUUGGAUGCUCGCAGGAAACGAAGAAAUUUCUCGAAACAAGCGACAGAAGUUCUGAAUGAGUACUUCUAUGGACACCUCUCCAAUCCAUACCCAUCAGAAGAGGCUAAAGAGGAUCUGGCCAGACAGUGUAAUAUUACGGUAUCACAAGUUUCGAAUUGGUUCGGAAACAAAAGAAUUCGAUACAAGAAGAAUAUGGCAAAGGCUCAAGAAGAAGCAAGUCUUUAUGCAGCCAAAAAAAAUGCUCAUGUGGCAUUAGGUGGAAUGGCUGGAAAUCCAUACGGAAUGCUUCCCGGAGCAGCUGCUGCUGCUGGAUUGUUGAACCCAUAUGGACCAAUGAAUAUCCCAGGACAAGAUGCUUUGCAUAUGGGAAUGCCUCCAUUCGAUUUAUCUGUAUAUAACCCACAAUUGAUGGCCGCUGCUCAAUACCAACAACAAAUGGACAACACUGACGCAAAACCAUAA